CCGCCAAGAUGAGGCUCGUUGUCGCUGGUGUUCUGAUUACUGCCGUACUUGGUAUGGCCCAAGCCCACUAUCCUACAGAUUCCUAUCUUAAAGAUUCUUAUUCUAAAGAUCAAUAUCCUCCAGUCCCCCAAGAACCUGUAGGUCACCAAAUCCCAGGAGGUAUUGGAGGUCCCCAAAUCCCUGAAGGUCCUGGAGGUCCCGGAGGCCCUGGAGGUCCAGGAGGUCCUGGAGGCCCAGGAGGUCCCGGAGGCCCUGGACGUCCCGGAGGUCCCGGAGGUCCAGGUGCAGUGAGAAGGACCUUUAGACCAGGCCGUCAUCCGUUCCUACCCAACAUCCAUGUUAUAGUCAAUACAAACCAACGUAUGCACAACAACAACAAUGCUGGAAGAAGGGGUUUUCCCGGACUUCCGUUUCCGUUUGAUGGCCCAGGCAAUGUGGCCUUUGUCGGCACUGGUCCGGGGAACGUCCUUCGGCCAAGACCGCACUUCUCACAACCAAAACAUUUUGGUUAACACGAGAGUUUGCAAGCCUUGACCUUUGACCUACGACAGCACCAAGCUCUGCUGACACAAGACCGCGAUGAAUCAUGUUGGCAGUGGCAGAAUCAUGAAUUCAAUUGCGUGCUCAAGAUAAAAUUAUUUAUCCAAA